AUAGAACAUCUAUAGGACUAUAUUGCAAGGGUUAUUUAUGGCUAUUAGGGGUACACUCCUAAAAUACUAUCCUAUUUACAGCUUACUCAUCGGCGCUACUAUUCAGGUUUGUUUGGACAGUUCCUUUGGCUUUGGUUAUUUCCAGGUUCAAUACGCGGGAAAAAGUUGGGUUGAGAAAGAUAAAACAACACAUAUACGCCGGCCAUCCUUAUCACCAACGGCCGAAUCUCACCAAAUAACCCAUGUCUGUGGUCACCAUCAAUAAUCAUCACGUGAUUACAUAUACUGUACGGCUUCAGCGCGAUUGCUGAAAGUUACUGUUAAUCAUGCAGUUUUUAAUAUCUUAAAUUUUACUGCAUUAAACAAUUUCAGUUGUUGAUUUUAUACAUCAGUCAAAAUAACUUCCAAAUUACUGUACGUAAAACCUUAUAUGCAUUGUUCCCGAUGAGAAAUACUUGUAUGUCGGCUUAUUGAACAGAAGUAUGGAAUUGGAAGGAAAAUUACAACUAACAACCCCAGUAAUUUCCAUUUACAACUCAGUAAAUAUUUUGACAACUCCAAGAAUUGAUAGCAAAUCCAGCUUAGAAGUUUAAAAUCCUUAGCCCUCUCCAGGCCACAUGCGCGAAGAAUGCUUCAAGACUAAUAGAUUAACCGUUGACCAUGCAACCAGCGCAGGUUUUAUUAAUACGUGUACUCUGGUUUUCUCAAUACUAGCCAGGAUGACUUUUAAUGGCAUUUCUAUUUCAGAAAGCUACCAGCACAUGUAGCUGCUUCUGUGGUGGCCAUGAUGAACAUGACGAAUUAACCCCUCGUGUGAAACAAUGCACUUUCGAAAACCUUAAUGAUGAUAAGGAUAAGGGUCAGAUUGAGGUAAAUAGAAAAUUUUAUGUCUACCAACAUUUUUGAGUUAUAUUUCUUUUAUAUACCAUCCCUAAGGAGUACAGCUAAUUCAAAUAAGGUUGUCUUUUAAAAGUCAAAAUGCAAAAACCUCGACCUUUUAAACGCGAAAAGCACGAUGGAUCAUGCAUACAGCAUGUAAUUCAUAGUUUCGACACUCCAUGGUUUAACUCUGUUUCUAUGUCCAGACAUAGUCUAUAAAGAUACGAUGGUCUGGAAACUAAACAGGAAACACUUAACCUCGUCCCCAGGGCAUUUUGUCUCCAUGCCUGAGGGUCGGCGAAAAUGACCCUGGGUCGGCUGGUCAAUUCCACAGUCCCAUUGGUGUGUUCAAAAACGCACUAAUUAUCUUGCAGUAUAAUUAAUUCAAACUGACAACUCUAGUGCUUUAAAAUUGUUUUGUCCGCCGUGUUAUACGGUAAACUUUAAAAACGUACCGAGAGUAUAGUGAAGAUCCACUUACGCCCUAUACGGACCCCUGGUAUAGGAAGAAUUAUAAAAAAUUAAGAAAAUUGUUCAUCAUUACUCCUCAUUUAUUAUUCGUAAACAGCCUUUAAGCCUGUUUUCCACUUCAACCAUAUCGUAACGUACCGUAGCAUUUUUUUUGUGUCGAAGUCAUUAGUUCCACGCUACCGCUGAGGAAACAAAGAAAUAUGCUACGUUUCGGUACGAUACGAUUGAAAUGGAAAACUGGCUUUAAAGCCGGUUUUCCACUUCGCCCGUAUCGUAGCGAAACGUACUGGUGAGCAUGCGCAGAUUGAAAAAAGGUUUAUAAAUCCACGUACUUCCGGGUGUAUUCGCGUAUCAAAAUAAAGAGUGGGUCGCAAGUCAACUUUUUUGCGUACUACGGAAGUGCUAACCAAUCAAUAUUCACGAGAUUUUGAAAUCUAAAAACGUUUUUGAUACGUUUCGGUACGGUACGCUUGAAGUGGAAAACCGGCUUAAGCCUGUUUUACACGUCAAAUUUUGGUCGCGUCGAAUGCAAUUAAGACAAUAGAUAAUGAGAUGAUAAACCUCAUUAAGCUUCAUUAUCUAUUGUUUCAAUUGCAUUCGACGCGACCAAAAUUACAGAUUACAGAUUACAGAUAUUUCACAGCACACUCCCUAUCAGGGCUUUUCAGUGACUGGUUACAUUAUGAAUAGAUAGAUAGAACCGGACUGACGUGAAGCAGACCGAGGUAGACUUCGAGCUUACAAAUGGCGCUUGAGCAGCCGCUAUUAGUCCAUACCUCAUUGAUGAUCUGCCUCAGACCUAUGUGCCUAACCCACCCUGUCAACUUUCCCAACUUUCCCUGUGGGAAGAAACACGGAGUACCCGGAGAAAACUCACGACUUUCGGCAGAGCGUUGACUGUACUCUUUUCACAUGAGGACUGGGUUCGAGUCACAUUGAGAAGUUCUCACUGAGACUUGAACCCACGGCCUUAGAGGUGAAAGGCAAGUGCGCUAACCAUUUCGCCACCGAAGCCCCAUUCGCCACCGAAGCCCCAAAUUCGACGUAUAAAACAAGCUUUAGGCCAGUUUUCCACUAGGCGAUAUUUUUAUUUUUUUCGCGCGAAUUGACUUUAUUCUUUUGUCUAAAACUAUUAAUUAGUUCCAAAUGGUUCCAGCCGAAAGCUCAAGGACAAAAAAGCAAAUAUAUAGUCGCUUCGCGCGAAAUAAUUCGUUAGUGGAAAAUUGAUACAGGACUGCUUAACUGCGAAUGCUUGUGAAAAAACUUGUGAAAAGUAGAAAAUACACCAAAAUCGGGGAAAUUAGGGAAACAGUGAACAUAUAUGUGGGCGGAAGGAGGAUUAUCCAAGCAAAGCGAAACAUGAUAAAGAAAUUAGUAAAAUUAAAUUGAAAAUGGAUUAUUUAGCUAUAUUUAUAACAAUGUUUUAUAUAUUUUUUGAAUCAUAUAUUCACGGUAUUCUAAGAUGUCUUGUCUUUUCAGAAUUUGUUUUUUACUUCAUCUUGGAUAUAUUCUUUUCUAUUUUUUACUUAUUUUUAUAGACUUGUGAUUUUCAAAAGGCUCACUCCAACUCAGCCCUUCGUGUGACGUAUCAAGGAGACCUGCGACUCGUAAGUUGUACCAACGGGAAAUGUUGUCGACGUUGGUUUAUUACAAUCAAUGGUAAAGAAUGCUCGUCUCCAGCGCCCAUCGAUGCUGCCAUCCAUGCAAAUGGGUCAGCGGUCUGAACCUUCAUCGUCCUGGUACUCUGGACGGCUUCUGUAACAGUAUUCCAAAAGGAAAGGUUACAGUUGGUCUUUCUGUUGGAAACUGCAAAAAUUGGUCUCAUGACGAGGGUAACGCGUACACAUGCUGGAAUUCGGUUUGUCGUUUAAUCAUCGAGGAAAUCCCUUCAAUGCAAUGAUAUAAAACGACCGGAACUGGAUCGAGAAUUAAGGAAAUAGUAUUUUCAAUAUAUAUAGAUCAAGCCUUUUAGUUUUAGCUCAUACCGUAUAUUAUGUAUAUCCAUCGACCAUCGUAUAAGCCGUAGAACUGUAAUCAGUAUAAAAGCAGUCGUAUACGUAUUAAUCGAAAUAUUAAUGUCUGAUAUUCGAUCUGAUUGCAUGUAAUAAUACGUAUUGUAGUCGUACGUAUUAUAAUGUAAACAAAUAAAUUACCUCAGCAUUC